AUGGUGUUCAGUAAAUUUUCAAAGUUUUUUUCAUCCACAGCAUUGAGUUUUACGAACCCAAAGGCUUCAGUUUCGUAUAAACCAUCCGGUUUGCCUCCUAUUCCUGGUUCUCACCAUAAUUUUACCUAUUCGAGCCCUAAGAAGGCUAAUUUGAGAUUUUCAUCAUCCCUUCAAGAUUUGUCCACUUAUUACCAAGUUGAUCCAGAAAAUGGUCUUAGUCCAGGAUUAGAAAGUAGCCCAAGCCAUGCUGUACCACAAAAGUUUUUGCAGCAAGAAAAUGGCACAUCAAGUUUUUCCAAAGAAAAGCCUGUUUCAUCAACAAGGAAAAGCUGUCUGCGAGUUUUCUAUGUUCUUUGUCUAUUGUUAUUUGCCUGUCUUUGUUUGGGGUCGGUAAUUUUGUACGCGAACUGGACUAGUGGAUCAUCCAAUUAUUAUGUGGUGCUCGACUGUGGGAGCACGGGGACUCGCGUUUACGUGUACCAGGCAUCAAUCAAUGACAGAAAAGAUGACCGUUUUCCUAUUUUGGUAAAAUCACUGCCUGAGAGUUUCAAGAGUAAAUCCGGUUCGCAGAUAGGGCGUGCUUACAACAGAAUGGAGACCGAGCCCGGAUUUGACAAAUUGGUACACAAUACAUCCGGUAUGAGAAAAGUAAUUAAGCCCCUCAUUAAAUGGGCCGAGAAGCAAAUACCAAAAAAGUCGCAUAAGUCAACCUCUCUCUUUCUAUAUGCUACAGCUGGAGUUCGCAGGCUACCGCCUGCAGACUCCAAUUGGCUUCUUGAUAAUGCGUGGUCGAUUUUAAAGACUUCACAUUUUAUGUGCAAAAGGGAGUGGGUAAAAACUAUCACGGGCAUGGAAGAAGCUUAUUACGGAUGGAUUUCUCUGAAUUAUCAUACGGGUGUUUUGGGGUCUAUCCCAAGGAUGGAAACAUAUGGUGCGCUUGACUUGGGUGGCUCAUCGUUGCAGGUCACUUUUGAAAAUAAUCUUAGUAGCCAUGAGGAAAGCAGCUUAAAGCUCAGCAUUGGAUCUGUAAACAAUCAGCUGAGUGCUUAUUCUUUAUCUGGAUAUGGACUCAAUGACGCAUUUGAUAAAUCUGUGGCACACCUUCUUAAAAAUCUUCCUCACAUCAAUAAUGCAGAUUUAUUAACUGGAAGAACUGAAAUCGAACACCCAUGUUUGCAUACUGGUUACAAAGAGCAGUACUCGUGCUCACAAUGUUCAUCCGUUGGGCUAAAAGAUGGAAAUUCUCCUUCUGAGGGGAAAAGCAUAAAUGAAAAAGGGAAAAAACCUGGGGUUUCUGUUAAGCUUAUAGGUAACCCAAAAUGGGAUGAAUGUACUGCUCUGGCAAAAGUCGCUGUUAAUCUAUCCGAAUGGUCAAAUCUUGAGCCGGGACUCGAUUGUGAGCUACAGCCAUGUGCCCUUGCCGAAAAUCUACCCCGUCCGAAAGGCCAAUUUUAUGCUAUGUCUGGGUUUUAUGUUGUGUACCGUUUUUUCAACCUGACCCCGGUUGCCUCCUUGGAUGAUGUCCUGGAAAAGGGCCGUGAAUUUUGCGGAAAGAAUUGGGAUGUUGCGAGAAAAAGUGUCGUCGCUCAGCCUUUUAUUGAGCAAUACUGCUUUAGGGCACCGUACAUUGCUCUUCUCCUUAGGGAAGGGUUGCAUAUUAGUGAUAGCAAUGUUAUUGUCGGCUCUGGUAGCAUCACUUGGACUCUUGGGGUGGCUUUGUCUGAGGCUGGGAAGGCUUUUUUUCCUCAUAGAUUUUAUGGGUACCCAAUUUUUAUGGUUAGGAUGAGUCCAUUUGUUGUGCUUGGGGUUUUGUUUGCUUCAUUGUUUGUGUUGGUGUGUGCGAUUUCCUACGUUGGCAAUUGGUGGGUACCCAAUCUUUUCCGGAGGGCUUAUGUCCCACUCUUCAGGCAUAACAGCGGGGCCACUAAUUCAGUGCUCAAUAUCCCGUCUCCUUUCAGAUUUCAGCGCUGGAGCCCUAUCAAUGCAGGUGAUGGAAGAGUUAAGAUGCCACUGAGCCCUACAGUUGCGGCCACUCCUCAACAAAGACCGUUUGAUAGCAGACUCAAUUUUGGUGGUGGGGGCAUUCAGUUUGCUGAAUCAUCAUCAUUUUACUCUUCAUCUAGUAGUGCAGCACAUAGUUAUUCGUCAGGCAGCUUAGGACAGAUGCAGCAGUUUGACCAUAAUGCCCUCGGUCCUUUUUGGACGCCCCACAGAGGCCAAAUGCGUCUCCAGAGUAGGAGAUCACAAUCUCGGGAGGAUCUCAAUUCUUCGCUUGCUGAGGCUCACUUGGCAAAGGUCUAA